AUGUUUCAAGAGUCCAACCAUUAUAAUUCGAGCUCUGUGGCCCGAUAUGAGAAACAGAUGGAAGCCUUUGUCUCUAAAUUCGAGACGACCAUGCCGGGCUGCCAUCAGGAAAUAUUAUCCCGCUUAUCCUCGCUCGAGGAAAUAUCAUCCCGCUUAUCCUCGCUCGAGGAAAUACUAUCCCGGAUACUCGCACACCAACAACAGGCCCCACAGCAGCGUGGACAGCGUAAACCGUCGCUAGCACAGGGCCAACCUCGGUACCACCCGAUCAUUCCUUCCUCGAUAUAUACCCCGAGGAUGUGUGCGUUCCCCUCCCACCUCAAAGUCGGUGAGGGGAAAGAUAGGCUAACACUCCAAAUAGCAAGGGCUAUUGAUUUAGCCCAAGCUCAAUUGCACUUCUCCAAGGCAGAUAGGAUAGUCUCGCCAAUCUCCCCCGCAGUAAGUCAGGAGAACCAGCACCCUGGCCAAAUCAACAACCACGGAGAUGUCCCGCGGACCGCUCAGUGA